CCACAAUCCAAGCCUUGAUAGUUGUGUAUAAAUACAUUUGUAGGAUGAUGAUGUUGGUGUAGAAAAUGUAAUUAAUCAUAUCGUUGAGCAAACCCUAGAAACUAGUGUUCUUGCGGUGAAAUAAAUAGUUGGAGAUUACAAUGAAUAGUAACUCUUGGAUGAAAUAUGGGUUACUAUUAUUCCCAAUAGUCUCGUUAGCUUGAGUUGAAGUUGUAAUAUGUAGAGAACAUUAUUCAAGUUAGAGUUAGUUUGAAAAGGUGAAGGGCUUAGAGUUAAGUUCUUCUUGCUUCAGUUCGAGUUGACUUGAAGGGAUGCAACAGUCGAGUGAUUGUUGGGGCAAGGCUUAGAGUUAGUCUUAGAUAACAUAGUUAUAAUUUGGAUGCUCUUUGUUAUAGUGGAAUUGAGUUGAAUAUUGUAGUUUUUACACCUAAUUCACCCUCGUCUUGUGUCGUAUAGGUGCAUAAGAUAACACAUGGAAAUCAUCAAAUGUACUUUUGACUAUUACUGGAUAAAUCUUUACUAGAGCAGGGCCUGUCCCUGCUUGUUUCAGUAGGUGGAGACCAUUGCCAUAUUUAAGUUGCAACUUGCAAUUUAAUUAAGUUCUAGGAAACUACACAAAAAAAUUAACAAUUGUUUAAAAAGACAACCCAUAUUGUCUGUUAUGUACUUUGUAGUUUGUACUACUAUUUGUCAUAUUUUAUUUUAUCAUGUGGAGUAAUCAACUUGAUUGAAAACUGCUAUCUAGCUAAGUUCUAGGAUGCUAUGUCAGUAAAAUUAACAAUAAUUUGGAAACAAAUGGUUCCAAAAAAAAAUUCAUUUUUAAAUUUGAAAAUAAUUUUGUUUAAAGUUAAAUUUUAUCAUUAAGGGAUAAUCAUAAAUUCCAAAAGACUUAUUUUUUCUCACAUAAAUUGAAUCGAAAGGGAGAGAGUAGUAGUAUUUAAUAAAUGACGACUUCAAUUGAUAUACUUAGUAGUAGUUGUCAAACUAGUCAAUCAUUUUGAGGACCAACUUUCAGCAAAUUUCUUCAAUUGCAAAUGUUGUAUAGAUCUCUGAAGAAUCUUUGCAGAAGUAACAAGAGAAAUGGCUGCUUAUGCUGCAGUAACUUCUCUGAUGGGAACUAUACACCUAAUUUCGCAAUCCAACUUAGACCUACAGGACGGUCAUAAAGAUCACUUAAAAUUACUCUACGAGAAGGUUAGCUCUCUGCUAGAGUUUCUUGAUACUAAUUCUGAUGACGAACCAAUGAAGGAUUUGCAAGAAAAGGUAAAAGAUCUUGCACAUGAAGUAGAAGACAAAGUUGAAUCACACAUUCAAAGAGAGGCCCAGAAGAAGUUUCUUAAGAUGUUGCAACGAGUAUUUCACCUUCCAACAAAGGCACAUGAAAGGCUUCUUAAGAAUUUGCAACGAGAUAUAGAAGCCAUUGAUUCUAUCAAGGAAGAGCUCUUCAAGCAGAGGGAGAAUAAUAAUAUGCAAGCGGGAAAUAGUUCACUUGGUGGUUCUAAUUCACUAGGAUCUCAUGUUUCUACCCUUGAGAACAACAUGGUGGGGUACAAUGAUGAACAAGCGAGCAUGUUGCGUCAACUUACUGGAGAUUCACGUCAACUGGAAGUCAUUUCCAUUGUUGGUAUGGGAGGUAUAGGCAAGUCAACUUUUGCUAAAAGAGUGUUUUCUGAUCCCUCAGUUGUGGGUUUCUUUGAUGUUCGUGGAUGGAUUACUAUGUCCAAGGACUACAGUAUAAGAAAGAUGCUUCUAUCCCUCCUUCAAGAUGCCGGGGUGGAUCUUGAUAAGGUAAGCGAUGAAGAACAAGCAGACCACUUGGAGGAAAGCGAUGAAGAAACAGUAGAUCACUUGCAGAAAAUCAAUAAUGCACUUGCAGAUCGCUUGCAAAAAAGUUUAAAAGGUAGGAGAUAUUUGAUUGUUGUAGAUGACAUAUGGAGCACGGAUGCCUGGGAUGAGAUUAAACUAUGGUUUCCAGAAUACAAUAAUAGAAGUCGGAUAUUAUUGACUACUCGAGACAUGAAGGUUGCUCAAUAUGCUAGCUUUCCUGAGGAUCCUUUUCCGAUGCGUUUCCUGGAUCCAGAGGAAAGUUGGAAUUUGUUUUGCCAAAAGGCAUUUGACAAAAAAACUUGCCCGAUUGAACUUAAGAAUGUUGCAAACGAAGUUGUAGAAAACUGCAAAGGAUUACCACUAAUGAUUUCUGUAAUUGCAGGGACUCUCUCUAGCAAGAGGACACUGGACGAGUGGAGGAAAGUAGCUAAUAGUGUGAGCUCCUUAGUAAACCUUGACGAUUAUCAACGUUGCUCAGGAGUGCUCGCUUUGAGCUACAAUCAUCUUCCUUCACAUUUGAAAGCCUGCUUUCUGUAUUUUGGAGUUUUCCCGAAAGCUACUGACAUUUCGGUGAAGAAGUUGAUUAGAUUAUGGGUUGCGGAAGGACUCUUAGAGCUAAAGCGGCUUGAGGGAUUGGAAAAAGUGGCUGCUUAUCUUUUACAUGAUCUUAUUGAUAAAAGUCUAAUCAUUGUUAGCAGGCGAAGUUUUGAUGGCAAAAUCAAGACUUGUAGGAUUCAUGAUCUUCUUCAUGAUCUAUGCUGGAGAGAAGCUGAAAGUGAUAGUAUUUUGUACGUUGUAAAUGACGUACCUUAUGGAGGACCAAGAAGGUAUUUUCCUCAAGGUCGUAGGUGGGUGUCACUUCAUUUAGCGGGAGGUUAUUAUCCUACACUUUUCAGUGCUCUUAGUUAUAGCAAAACGCGUUCUGUUCAUUUUUAUGCUGAUCCCGUUUAUAAUUUACAACUGGAGCAUUUCAAACUUCUUAGAGUAUUGGACUUGGAGGCCACGGAAUUCCAAUAUGGUUUCCCUAGGGAAAUAUUACGCCUAGUUUGUUUAAGGUAUUUGGUUAUGAAGAUCGAUGAGAUCUCUGAACAUAUUCCAAUUUCCAAUCUUCAGAAUUUACAGACUCUCGUUAUAUUUACUACAUCACGGAAGGGGUUUAUAAAUUUACGUGACGGAAUUUGGGACAUGUCUCAAUUAAGGCAUCUCAAUUGUUCAAGGAUCUUUUUGUACCCUCCUCCGAAUGUAUCUCCUAAUGAAGUUGAGUACCCAAGUUUGGAGAAUUUGCAAAGUGUUUGUGGGUUGAGUUCUUCUUGUUGCACGAAAGAAAUAUUUAAAGGGAUUAAGAAAGUGAAAAAAAUGGGGAUUUCUUGCGAUAGUUAUUCCGAGUCCGAAUGGCUAGCUAAUCUUAAAUAUUUACUUGAGCUUGAGGCACUAAGUAUUGCAUCGUCAUCCUACUAUGGUAAUGUUUAUUCAGAUUUCAGGCUUCCAUGUCCAGGUUCUUUCCCACCAAAUCUCAAGAAGUUGACACUUUGUUGUACUCGGCUAUCAUGGGAGGACAUGACGAUCAUUAGCAAGUUGCCCAAACUCGAGGUGCUCCAAUUGAAGGAAGAUGAUUUUGCACGUAGUUUGUCUGUAGGAGAAAGGGUCUGGGAAGUAACAGAGAUGGGAUUUCCCGAAUUGAAAUUCUUGCUCCUUGAGAAGUUGAUUCUUGAUUAUUGGAGAGCCACUGAUGAUUAUUUCCCAUGCCUUGAGCAUGUAAUUAUCAAAAAUUGCUCUCUCUUAAAAGAGAUUCCUCAAGGAUUCGCAGAUAGUAUGACACUGAAACUAAUUAUGUUACAGGGAUGUUCUCCUUCCGUUGUGACAUCUGCUGAGUGGAUCCAGAGAGAGCAAUUAGAGAGUUCAGGAACCGACAUGCUUAGAGUUUAUGCCGUUGAUACAAGGGAUUCAGAUCAAGAUUAUUGAGAAGCAACACAGGACGAUACAGACAAGAUUUGGAGACAGAUUCCAAUGAAGAAAGGGGAAGACGAGAUUGUUGCUUUUGUGCAUAGUUGUAGGAAUUCUACUCUCUGAUGUUGAAACUGAAGUAAGGUUGAGGAUGCAUGUCCAAAUUAGACCUUUUCUUGAACUGUAAAUUCUUCCGGUUGGUAAUAAAAAUUUAACUACCAAAAAAACGCGUUGCAAAUAAAUGUUAUGAGCUGCUAUGGAAUUUGCAGAUGGUACCAAACUGCAGCUCAAUGAGUUACAUAAAUUUUAUCUAACUUUUUCCGAUUUUUGCCAACAAAUCUA